CUCGAUCGCGCCUCAAAUCAUCCAUCAACUACACCCCCGCCUCGACCAGCCACCAUAACCAGCGAAGCCAAUUUCAUUACUCCCGCCGUCGCCGAUACCUACCUUAGAACCCCAAACCGACCUCGAACUCCCCCACACGCCCCAAAAAGAAAAUGGCCAACUUCCUAGCCUCCAUCUUCGGCACCGAGCAGGACAAGGUCAACUGCUCCUUCUACUACAAGAUCGGGGCGUGCCGGCACGGGGACCGGUGCAGCCGCAAGCACGUGAAGCCGUCGUACAGCCAGACGAUCCUGAUGCCGAACCUGUACCAGAACCCGGCGUUCGACCCCAAGAACCACAUGAACGCGUCGCAGCUGCAGAACCACUUCGACGCCUUCUACGAGGACAUCUGGUGCGAGAUGUGCAAGUACGGCGAGGUCGAGGAGCUCGUCGUGUGCGACAACAACAACGACCACCUGAUCGGCAACGUCUACGCCCGCUUCAAGUACGAGGACAGCGCCCAGAAGGCCUGCGACGACCUCAACUCGCGCUGGUACGCCGCGCGGCCCAUCUACUGCGAGCUCAGCCCCGUCACCGACUUCCGCGAGGCCUGCUGCCGCCUCAACAGCGGCGAGGGCUGCGUCCGCGGCGGCUUCUGCAACUUCAUCCACCGCAAGAACCCCGGCCCGGAGCUCGACCGCGAGCUGGAGCUGUCGACCAAGAAGUGGCUCAAGACGAGGCCGCGCUCCCGCAGCCCGACCAGGUCGCCGAGCCCGGAGCCGACGAGGAGGCGGUAUUAGAAGGGAAGCGGAAGAUAAUUCGUCGGUUCGUCGGUUCGUCGGAUUUGAUUGGGAAAUAUUCAGAGAAGGAAGAAGGGAGGGAACACUAUAGGGAGGCCUAUUCGUAGGCACGUCUCUUUGGUUGGCAUCAAGCGGAUCAAAAUUACCCACUGGCUUGCAACGGAGUUGAGGCGUUGGUUUAGGUACCUGCCGAGUAGGGGUUGUUUGUAAUUCAUCUUCUGUAACAAAACUAGUAGAGGACAGGGUAGCGGGCGUGGAGAAAUCGAGUCGCUUCCAUGUUUUGUGGCGGAUUCCGUAUCCCAAAUGUUGGUUAGCAUUGGUGUAUGAACCGUAGACGACACACGCAGCACACAUCAG